GCCUGGACCGACAUCUGCUGCAGCCGGAUGUGGUGGUUUGUGGCGAUGUAGUUCCGGAUGCUCUGCUCGAUGAGAUUGCGGCCGUCGACGACACACGCAGGCCAGUUCGAUUGCGGGAGGCGAGCGGAAUGCCAGCUAAAGCACGCUGAGUGCUGUGGCCGAAACCUGCAAGCCGGGUUUGUUCCCCGUGAAAAGAUGCAACGCUGUGACACGGCCGUCGACAAGCCAGGUUCGCUGGGCUGCUGCUCUUACCCCCAGCGCGUAGUCAAGAAGCAUCAUGCCGUUGCGGAACACGCGCACCAGCGGCUCAUCGACGCCCGCCGGUAGAGCCACACCCGGAAGGGUCGGAUACACAAGGUCAUCGGGAUCCCUCACGCGGUCCAGAGCCACAGCAUACCCGCCAGAAGCACUAAGACAGAGAGCACUCGCACAUCGCCGAUGCCGCAUCAUCGUCUCCGGAUUCACUCUCCCGCAGUCUCGGCAGAACCAUCCAUCUGCUCCGUUUGCCACACUUUGCCCGAAACCAUAUUCCAUCAGGCUUUGGGGAGCGAUGAGCAGUCGGGGUGGAAGCAGGGAAGGACACGGCAGUGGAUCCGGGCACUCGGCCCAGCUAUACGUCCACCAGGGACGAUUCACAUCGGAGUGCCCAUUUGAGAGACCCAGAUUUCGCUCUCCGCCGGGCUGCCAGCGUAGUCUAAAUUCGUCGCAGGCUCCGUUGACGAGAUGUUCCUGUAGACCCGUUUGGAGCUUUGUAGCUGAAAUU